AGGUUAAACUAAAAAACAGUUAGCUUAAACUGCCCAAGAAGUGAGGUUAGCUCUACAGUCAGGUCAGGCAGCUGACUCCAUUCAGUCUAGUUUAGUUCAGUUUACAACUGCCAAGCAUUGCAAAUUAGGAAGUCGAAGCGCAAACCGAUGCUAGAUCUAAACUAAGUGAAAGUAGAAACCGAAUGUUAAUUAAGCGUAAGCCAUAGAGUAGAUCCAGAGCCGGUAAGCCUAAGCAGUAAGCAACAUGUAUGCAGCUGCUGGCGGCGCCUCCUUGGCCUCGCGCCAGGCGCGCCAGCGCCAGCGACAGCAGAAGAAGAACCAACAGCUACAAGCGAAACUACAUCCACCGAAACCAGCUGGAGCCGCCGUCGGCCUCGGCGCCGCUGAUCAUGGCGGCGCCUCGACGCCGACGCGCAGCCAGUCGCGGCAAUUCCACCAGCUGCCCACCAGCUACCUGCGGGCGCCGCAGCAGCCGCAGGGCCGCAAGCUCAGCGCCACCUACACGCAGUCCCGCUCCCUGCUGCCCAUCGAGGAGGGGACGGGCGGCUCCGACACGCAGUCGGUGCUCCAGCUGCGCAUGCACUCGCACGCGCACGCACACGCGCACUCACACUCGCACAUGCACGGGCACGCCCACGGCCACGCCCAGGGGCUGCAGGGCCACGGGCACAGCCAUCUGCACCACGGCCACGGGGGUCCCGUGCAAACGCCCUAUCAGCAGUUCGCCUCAUCACACGGACGCGUCUCACCGAAGCUCGUGCAUCGGCACAGCGGCAGCAGCGCUGGCUUCCCCCCCGGUGCGGCGGCAGCGGGACAGCUGCACAAGUCGGCAACGGCGACGCUGCCGCUGGUGUCCCAAAUGGAGGAGACGCCGCCAGUUACUCCUGCGUUGCCAUCGGCUGCGGUCGGCGUUAAAACGACGGCGAUGUCGAUGCUGGAGACAGACGCCACGCCCAGCACCUCAGCGGCGGCGGCCGCCGCCGAAGCCGCCGUCUCCGAGCCCCAAUUGGAGCUGGCCGGCGCGGCGGCCAUGUUUGUAGCUCACCACGAUGCGAUCAUUGUAACGCCGGCCACGCCCAUGGCCUCGCCAGGGCACGCCGCCGCAGCGGCAGCAGCAGCAGCAGCAGUGAAGCUGCGGCGAGCCGACGACGACGACGAGCCCCACGACUCGGCCGAGCGCCAGCCCCUCACAGCCUACGACGAGGACGAGGCCAUGCAGCCGCCCACCGGCCCCUUGGAGCGCAAGUGCAGCGUCUAUCGCAUGCGUCGCAGCGACGCCUUCGAGCAGGGCGACCUCGGCGUCACCAGCGGCCUCAAGCGGCAGCUGCGCGAGCUCCAGUUCCAGCAAACCCAGUACGAGCCCCUCGUCAGCGAUGAGCCCCAGCUGCUCUUCAAGGGGCGCAAGUUCCAGCUGUGCGCCUACUGCGAGGAGGGCAUCUGCGUCUGCGAACACAUCGAGUGCGCUCAGGGACGGGCCGCCUGGCUGGAGCGCGGCCGUCGCUGCAGCGUCCAGGAGCAGCAACAGCAACAGGCCACCUGCCAUCGACGCUGGGUGAAGCGCAAUCGAAUCCAAGAUGCUUCAUUGGGCGGUUCGUCGGACGAUGAGGACUUUCUGGGCGUACUACGUGGACCCAGUACCUUUGCGAAUGCCUUUCUCUAUGUCGGCCUGGGCACCGUUGCCUUGGGUCUGGUCAUCGCGUUCGUCGGCACCGGCGAGAAGGGUUUUAAAACAGUGGAACUAAGACUUAUAGGGCCCUCUCUAAUAGGUUUGGGUCUAAUCUGUUGCAUUUUACGCAUCCUCUUCUGCAUCUGCCCAUCCCACUGCAUCUCAUCCAGCAAGAAGGCCCGCAAGAAAAAUGGUAACAAGAUCGAUGCGGAUCACACGACCUCCUUGCUCCGCAACGAGAGCAAACGCGUUUCCAUAGCGCGUGGACCCUCCAUUCAGCCAAAGUACCCUAUUGCACACAAGCGCAGUCAGAGCAAGAUGCUCAAUGAGGGAAUGGAGGCACUGCGUCAAAUUGCAACCACAUCGCUCUUCAUGCAGAACGAACAGAAGACGGCCAUAAACCGCGUGGUGCCCAUUAUAAACGAGCCGGAGAGCAUGGAUCAUAUGGGAGCAGAUGCGCCGCUCGAGAUGAAGAAGCUGCAAACGGCGCUGAAUAUGUGCGAGAUGAGUGAUGAAGAGCGGGAGGAGCAUGUGCAGCAGUCUGCUAAACGUACAGCUGCAGCAACUACAGCAACCACAACAACAACUGCCGUUACGAGUAGUACCACCAAAGCGACAAAAGCAACAACCCUGGGCACCGUGGACGAGCGACCCAAUAGCAAAUUGUCGCGCCAACGCGUUGCCCUGCAACAGCAACGCCAGCAGUCGGAGCAACAGUUGCAGCAGGACGUGCAGCACACACAAUUGGAGCAGUCGCAGUCAUUGUCCUCCUCGUCCACUGUCCGAGACUCACUCGAUGCCGUCGUCGUUGUGGAGGAGACCUCGCUCAUGGACGCGCCCACGCCCACAGUGGCAGCCAAGCCUCUGCCCCCGCCCGCAACCCUGCCCAGCAGCAGCAGCAGCGGCGCCAUACCCCGGCUCAAAAGCUCAACGGCAACAUUCAGUGAGACUCGACAGGGCAUCUCGACGGGCGCCACGCCCAAAACAACGCCCACCACCACCACCAGCAACAGCAGCAACACCUACAACACACGCCUCACCAGCUCCCAGUCGCAGCCGAUGAGCUACGACCUGCCCCCAGCGCUACCGCACACCUAUUCAGCGACAGCUACGGUGCGUGGUCCUCUGGGCAUGACUCUAACUGGCUCCAGCAGCGCCUAUGGGUCGCCUGCCAGCCGCACCACUGCGACCACGACGACGAUCAGUUUGCUGCCGCUGCCAGCGCCGCCAACAGCUGCAGCAGCAGCAGCUGAAGCAGCAACAACCAGCAUACCCGGCCAGGUGCUGGAGCCUCAGUCAAGGAUGGCCACAACAAGUCUGAGCAUAUUGCAGCCAUUGCACAGGCCAGCGACGGCCCACUCGUCAACAGCCACAGCAGGAGCCGGAGCAACAGCUAGAGCGACGUCAGCGGGUCACAAAUCACAGCCGUCAUCCGCCAGCCUCACAGCGGAGCGUGGCAAUCAGCUGCUGCUGCUGCCCAGCAAACUGGAGCCGGAGCUAGUGCUCAGUCCCUCAAAGCUGGGCCAGUAAAACAAAAUAUUAGUUAGGAUUUCAUGCAGCCACACAUAGCCUAUAUAUAUACAUA